AUGGGCGUCAACAUCGAGGAGUGCACGCCCUAUGACAUCACCAGCCGGAUCUCGCCGUUCCUGGACGUCGAGAUGCUGCUCCACGUGCUGGACUGGCUGGAAGAAAAGGGGGUGUACCAGGGCGAAUUGUCGGCCGUCCGCGCGGAUAUUGCCAGCAAGGUGGUCUCGAAGAAGCUGACCGACGAGAAGUUCAGCGAACAGGAGGCCGCCAUACUGAAGAUCAUCGCGCCACUUCAGGAGGCGCUCGAGAUAUACAAGAAGAGCCAGGCCACUCGCAUAUCAUCGUCCGCCGAGCGCAUCUGGCUGGUGUCCCUGCAGCAGUGGCUUGCAACGCAGGGUACAACCGAUAUCGAGGUUGGCCCAGAAUCGGAAGCCGCGAUAUUCAGGCUCGCGAAACUGUACUCCGACAACGGGGAGUGGAAGAAGUGCAAGCAAUGGCUGGUGUACUACCUGGAGAACGUGGCCAAGUACACGUUCGACGGCAACACGGCCGCCAACAGGGCCAAGUGCUACUGGGGUAUAUUGCGCUCCAUUACGGUGGGCGUUCUGUUGCCAUCUACGGAGGAGGAACUGAUGGCUAUGGCGACGACGGUUACCCCCUACGAUGACAACAAGGAAAGCAGUGUCCUGGAACCCGACCUACCGAGGACCGGGGUACAGUGCAUUCUGAGGCUCGCCGAGAUAUUCAACAACGAGGAACUGGGUAAAAAUCGCAAGGAGCUCGUGCUUAAACGCUGCUGGCUGCUGCACUGGGCGCUCUUCUACGUUUUCAAGUACCACAUUCCGCUGUCGCAGGUGAAGUCCAAGAAUGCCAAGAGCUACGAGUGGCCGCACGUCCAGGAGUACCUCAUGGACGACCGCAACAUGGCGGUAGUGCUGAUGGUAGCCCCGCAUUUGCUGAGGUACUACGCCGUCUACGCCAUACUCAACAGGAAUCGCAAGGACCAUUUCAAAGUCAUCAGUACGUCGCUCUCGAUCGGGAAGGCCAAAUACUCCGACACCUUCACCGCGUUGGUGAGCGCGCUUUUCGUGGACUACAACUUCGAGGACGCGCAACAGCACAUCAUGCAAAUCCAAAACGCCUGCCAUGUCGACAUUUUGUUGGAGCCCCUCAAGUUCCAGAUCGAGGAGUACAGCAGGCACAUCAUCUUCGAGACGUACUGCCGCAUACACCAGUCGAUCAACCUCGACCUUAUCGCACAAAAGGUUAACAUGAGCUCGCUGGAAGCGGAACGGUGGAUCGUCAACCUGAUCAGGCACUCCCACCUGGAGGCGAAAAUAGACAGCGAGAAGAACUGCGUGGAGAUCUCCACGGUUCCUCCAAACCUCUACCAACAAGUCAUCGACAAGACCCAGAACCUCACGAUGCGCUCGAACAUGAUACUGCAGAACCUGAUGAACGCCGACGCUGGCGGCGCGCAGUACACGCGCAACCAGGAGGAUCGUGGCGUUAAGCGUUCGGGUCAGCAACAGCGCCGGCAGCAGAAUCACAGGUUCCAGAACUUCAGUCAGCGUGAUUUCUUCAGAAACACUGACGACCAGUAG